UUCCAAUCAUUAUUCGUACCCCUGCAAAAGACGAUAUCCUGCAAGAAUACUUGAUUCCAAAGAAUACUCCAAUCAUAAUACCAAUAGCGGCAAUUCACAAACUUCCUACAAUCUGGGGAUCAAAUGCCGACAACUUCGUACCAGAAAGAUGGUUGAUUUCAGAUUUAACUUCAAAAAUUAAUAACUAUACAUAUAUGCCAUUUAUAACGGGUUCUAGAUCUUGUAUAGGAAAUAAACUGGCCCUUGUAGAAUUUAAAAUUCUGUUAGCAAUAUACAUUAGAAAUUUUAAGUUUAAAAUGAUUGAAGGGUUUGAAGUUAGAAAAAGACAAAUGAUCGCCACAAAACCUUAUCCCGCCAUUGAAUUGCUUGUCUCUAAAGUUGAAAUGUAG